AGAUAUACUCGCAGCAGUAGUAUCUGGUCGUGAGGAUCCCAGGGGGACACGUGUUGGGAAUUUCGCGUGUUGAAAGGUGCCACCGGCGCAGUCACGGGGACCCUUUGGGCGUGGUCGGUGCGAUGAUGAGGAAGGCUUGCGUGCGUGCUGCGCACUUCCUCUUCUUCUUCCCUCUCUCUCCACCACCACCACCGUCUCUCUUCAAUCAAGUUUCCUUCUCCCACUCUCUCUCCAACUCUCUCUCAACCUCUCUCUCUCGGCCUAACUAACACGGCCGACUACCCAGUGCCCCAAAGCAACGUCCAGAACGUGCUUGCUGCACCCCGCGUAGUUUACCUUUCACACUGGUGCGACGAUACCACGGUAUCUGCGCGCGGGCGUAGGCUUCCGGGUGUUGUGCAGUCACGCGCAAUCGGUAGACUCCCAUAACAACAUAAAUCAUGGAGGGCAUCGACCUCUCCGCCCUUAGCGAGCAAGAACUAAAGCAAUUAGUGGAGAACGCAAUCAACUCUAAAGUGGGCAUCUAGGCAGUGGCAUGCAAUGCUGAAGAGGUGUUUGGUAGAGUUAGGUUUUGAGCAGUGCAUGCAUGGCCGAUGCUUGUGUGUUUCGUUUGAUUGAAAAUGGAUGUGUUGUUUUGAUUUUGGUCGUACAUGAAGAUGACAUUUUUGCUGUUAUGGGAGGGAGGGAGAGAUGUUGUGACAAGUUUGGCGCCGACUUUGGUAUUUCGUUUCAGAGAGGUACGGUGGAGGGAUUAAGCUUGCAGGGGUACGCUGAUGCGGACUUUGCAAGCAAGGCAGCAGACCGUAGGUCGUUAUCAGGGGGGAUCGUGACGUGUGGAGGAGGCGCUGUGUCUUGGUUUUCCAGAACGCAGAAGUGUGUCACGCUUUCGACCACAGAAGCAGAGUACGUCGCCCUAGGUGACGUAGUGAAUGAAGGAUAUUUUGUUUUUGAGGCAGAUUUGGCGUUUUAUGUUGCCGCAGGUCGGCAUGCCGUGCAUCCCCAUCUUCGAGGACAACUAGGGGGCGAUGCAACUAGCGCAGAACCCCAUCUCAAACUCGAACUCGAAGCACAUAGAUGUAAGGCACCAUU